AUGGCGACUGGGGAAAAUAAAAAUCUACUCAUGAAAGUUGAAGGACAUCAUCCAUUGAACUUCGAAAAAUACAAAGAUAUUAUGGAAACUCCAAAAAUUGUUGGAUUUUAUUCAUAUGACUACAACAAAUUUGAACCAUCAAAGUAUAUUAAAUACUUUAAAGAACCGAAAUCAUCGAGCUAUCCUUUAAAUUUAAAUGGGGGCGAAUGGAUUCCAUGCCAAAAUGGUCAAAGUGAUACUAGGCUUCAUAUACCUCUAACUUAUGCCAUGACCAUAGACGAUUCGAUCAAUCAGCCCAAUGUGAAGACCACAAAUGUAUAUACCGGUCGUCGUGUACUUACACAGCUAAUGGAAUAUUGUUAUUCUAUACAUGAUGACACGAUAUUUGUAACACGCCACAAUGGAAAUUUAUACAUGACUAGCUUGGUGUAUAGGCAUACACCACCACAUAUGCACCACAAACGUUUGGAACAACUUUUAUUUACAGACUCCCCCGAUGAAGAACCCCAGCCGGAUAAACCCAUUGAUUUCAAUAAAACAUUAAGUUGUUUGCAUCGCACUAAUAUGGGAAAAUUUUCUAUUUUUUAUGCUGGCGAUGUACAAGGUAUUAUAUCCGACAAAAAAUUGGAUAAUUUGAACGAUAUGGAUAUGUUAAAUCAAUGUCGUUUUGUAUUUACGAAACAACUGUGGACCACACAAAAGAAGGAACAUAUUUUACAGCGAUAUUGGGUACAAUCACGUUUAAGCAAUAUUGAUGAUAUUUAUAUUGCAUAUAAGGAUUGUAGUGGUGUUGUGAAUAAUCCAAUUGAACAUCUAAAAACGUCUGAAUUACCUGAGGUAUACAACAACUUUAAACCAGAAAUUUGUUUUGGAUUUUUAUAUGAAUUCUUGGAAAAUGUUGAAAAUCUUAUGAGCAAUGUGAACUCAUUGGAUACUGUGUAUGAAUUUAAUUUAAAGCCCAAAGAAAAAACGGUAAUCUAUAAAAUACACGAAGGCAAAACCGAUAAUACCUUUAUACCAAAAUAUUAUGCCGAAUUUGUCAACAAGGCAAAUAAAUAG